GGGCGGCAGAGCCAGGAAGGCGAGGCCAGGCGGCGGCGGCGGCGUCGUCGUCAGCGGGGCGGAGGCCCUGGGUCCUUCUCCGGCGGGGCGUUGGGACCCUGCUGCUCCAGCCCGGGAUGGACGAUCUGGAUGCUCUGCUGGCCGAUCUGGAGACAACGACCUCCCAUAUCUCCAAACGGCCAGUUCUUCUGACAGAUUCUGGCGGAGCCUUGAACCAAGACAAGAACCCAGAAUCCAAGCCAGCUCCUCCACCUUACAACCCUCAGCAGCAGGUUGGAACCACCACCAUGCCUGUUGACUCUCUUCCAGUAUCUACCCUACAGGGUGGAAGUGACAAAGAACACCUGUACAGCACCGUCUGCAAGCCACGUUCACCCAAGCCCAAGGAAGGUGGGCCUCCACCUUUCUCCUCCUCCAGCGGGGUGCUUGGAGCUGGGCUUUGUGAAUUGGACCGGCUCCUUCAAGAACUCAAUGCGACCCAGUUCAACAUCACAGAUGAAAUAAUGUCUCAGUUCCCAUCCAGCAAAACCCCAAGUGGUGACAAGGGCAAAGAUAGGCCAGAAGAUUCUAUAGAUGGCAGUUCUCUAUCUCGGUCAGCAGCUCCUUCAUCUGCAAAGCCAUCUGCCACAUCUGCCACCCUGGAGCUGGACAAGCUCAUGGCCUCUCUGUCGGAUUUUCGGGUACAGAGCAAUCUCCCAGGAGCAUCCUCCACCACCACAGUGGUAUCACCACCACCUGCUCCUGCACGCUUGUCUUCGGCGCAGCUACCAGUGGUCUCAUCCGUCUCCCCCAGCUCCCCUGCUGCUCCACCACAGACGUCUCCAGCCCAGCCAAGUGGGAAUCUGGACAGCAUGCUGGUGAUGCUGGAGUCAGAUCUCAGUCGCCAAGGGAUUUCCACCACAGCCAAGGGGCUGUGUGCUUCCUGUCAGAAACCCAUUGCAGGGCAGGUGGUAACAGCCCUGGGCAGCACCUGGCACCCAGAACAUUUUGUCUGCAGCCACUGCCAGAAGGAGAUGGGGGGCAGCAAUUUCUUUGAGAAGGAUGGUGCCCCUUAUUGUGAAAGGGAUUAUUUCCAGCUCUUCUCUCCCCGUUGUGGCCUUUGCAAUGAACCCAUCCUUGAUAAAAUGGUGACUGCACUGGAUAAGAACUGGCACCCAGAACACUUCUGCUGUGUCAAGUGUGGGCGGCCCUUUGGGGAGGAAGGCUUUCAUGAGAAGGAUGGAAAGCAGUACUGCCGCCAGGACUUCUAUGAGCUCUUCUCCACCCGCUGCCAGGGAUGCAACCAGGCCAUACUGGAGAAUUAUAUCUCGGCUCUCAAUGCCCUAUGGCAUCCAGAGUGCUUUGUCUGCAGGGAGUGCUACACUCCCUUUGUGAAUGGCAGCUUCUUUGAACACGGUGGCCGUCCAUUUUGUGAGAUCCACUACCACAAGCAGCGCGGAUCACUCUGUUCAGGCUGCGAGAAGCCCAUCACUGGGCGAUGCAUAACGGCCAUGGCGCGCAAGUUCCACCCGGAGCACUUUGUCUGUGCCUUCUGCCUCAAGCAGCUCAACAAGGGCACCUUCAAGGAGCAGAACGACAAGCCCUACUGCCACCCGUGCUUCAUCAAGCUCUUUGGGUGACCAGGAGGUGCCUUGGCCCGACCUCCCCAUUGCUCUGGCCAAGCCAUGCCUACUGCCAGUGUGGGAAAGUGGGGAGGAUCUCUGGGUCACUCAGCCUUAGACCGAGCCAUAUCCACUGCCGUUCCUGGGAGAGGGCUGUGCCUUAGGGGCUUCACCCCACAUCACACGAGUCACGCCACCAUUGCCAAAAACAUACUUGUAGAUAAGAGUCACAUGCAACUCCCCCUCCCCCAAAAUACCCAAAAAGUGAAGGAAGGAGCAGGGAGUCUCUGCUCCACCUAACCUACUCAGGAGCCCAUUCCCUGUGAGCAACCAAUAGUUAAUCCCCACUACAUGUCACUUUGAAGCCACAGCCACACACAACGCCAGCACUUCAGACAGGAGGCAGUGCCUUAAGCCACGUUCACGAGACCAGCUGGCAAUGUCAUCCAGGUGGGAGACAGGGCCAAAGCAAAACCACAUCCCCGGCUCAUUUUAAGAUUGUUUGCAAUUCUGCCCAGUAGUGCAAGAGCCCCACUCCCCUAACAAAAAUAUUCUGAGCCAUCAGACAGAAUUGGGAAAUAUGUGUCCUUCUAUACCUUGUUGGACUGCAUCUCCUGUCAUCCAGUACCAUUGACUGUGGUGGCUAGGGUUGAUGGGAAUUACAUCCCAAUAACAUUUGGAAAACCACACUUCUCAACCUUGCAAUAAAGCUAUUUAGGUGGGAGGUGGGAAAUGCCCCUUUGCUUCCAGCUGCUUUAAGAUAUUUUACUAUUCUUGCAUGUGUUGGGAAGGGGAGCUUCACUCCAGACCUAUCUUAAAGCACUUAUGAUCUCAGCACUAAAAUGGUUCAACUUUAAAAAAAGAUAAACAAUAGUAACUCUAGCUCACCCCUUUUAAUGAGCAAAGAUACAAGAUGAGUUUAUGUGGGAACAGCUUCCAAGAGUUGUGUGAAUCAGUGGGACCCGUCUUUCUCCCUUGGUGGGGCCAUACGCCUAAGAGGUCAUUCAGACAUCUUUUUUUUAAAUUGUGACUGAAUAAUCUCACACAUUCCAGAUUCGUUAUUCAUUCUGUGAGUUGCUCACACAUGCCAGCCCUCGAAUAAAGAUGGGGCCAACGAUGCGAAUGCAUUCAAAACAUGCUCAAGGCAUACAGAGUUUUAUCCCGGGUCUAUUUGCAUCAGUUAUACAUACUACCAAUGAUACAAAUCUUUAAAAAAAACUCAGGAAAAAACUCAACAUCAGUCAUCCUGGGUUAAGUGGAUUUUUUGGCAACCUGUCCCCAAACUUAAUCAGGUGCAUUCAAAAUGCAAAUGGACAACGGAGAUUCAACCCGGAUUCAUCCUGGAUUAUUUUCAUCAUCUGAAUUGGGCCUAAGGAAGUUAAUAUGAUAAAAAGGAGUGGAAUUUGCUAAUUGUAAGAAGCCCAGAGCUUGGACUAAACUUCUGAGAAUUGCCCAGGUUGGGAUAUUCUGACAGUUCCAGUCCAGAAAAGUAACUUUCCCAAGUUUAUGGUAAGGAAAAGGAAGUAGUAUCCCCUUCCCUCCCAUAUUGUGGUUGAAAAUGCCCUGAAUUGCCAACUAUUAAGAUAGUUCCUGUUUUGUUUCAAAAAACAGGGGAGAAAUAAAUUUUGAGAAAAUAUGCCUACACUUGCAGUCUUGAUUUAUCAGGGUCUUUUUAAAAAAUCUUACUCCAAAGGAGGAUUUUCAUAUGAUGCAACAGAGGCCAGGAGUCCAAGGAGCAUGUGCUCUUCCUUCUGCCACCAGAUUUCUAUGCCAACUUUUUAUCCUCUCACUGCUGUAUAAUAUAUAAUAAAAGUCCACAUAGUAUUAAAAAAAA